CCAGCUCUAGUCGCAAGCAUGCAGCGCCUGCAGUUGUUCAGCAUAGUAUCACCUGUUAUGAACCUUGCUUGAAGUUCCGUCUACUGGUAUUCUAGGGUUGUAUAGUCAUUUGAUUGAAUUCUUGUCAUUGAGAUUCUUGGGUUGUUAAAAAUCCCUGUAAUAUUCCGGGAAGAUACCAUGAUGACGGAGAUGAGCUUUACAAAGAUCUUUCACCCAUCGCAGGUUUUUGUAAUUUGCCUCCAGUUGUGGAUGUUCUGUACUUUGUCCCCUGUUUUUACAUUAGAUAACAACGCGACACUGGUUCCCAAAGAUAACAACGCGACACUGGUUCCCAAAGAUAACAACGCGAUAUUGGUUCCCAAAGAUAACAACGCGACAUUGGCCGGUCUACGAUUGGCCGGUCUACGAUUGGCCGGUCCACGACCGCUUGAGCAGGUCGAGAUCCGUAGAGGCCCCGUGGGUGACUCGGCCGCGUGUGGUGCAGUCAACAAAUACCUUUUCCUGCGCAUUGUUGGUGGCACAGCAACUAAACCACAUGAAUAUCCGUGGCAGGUGCUGCUGGAGAUCCUGCACGGCCGACCGUCUUCUGCUUUCAACUGCGGCGGAACUCUCAUACACCCACGCUGGGUGCUCACUGCUGCUCACUGCGUUCUUGACUACGGCAACACGAUGAUCAUGGCAUACCUGGGCUUGCAUUUCGCUGCGCUAUCAACCGACAACGAGACGACGUACGUCUCCAAACCUGCCGCCGUUCACUGCCAGAAAAUCCUCGUCAAGAAUGUCGUUAUUCAUAAAGAAUAUUCAUGGAAGACAAACGAGAACGACAUCGCUCUGCUGGAGCUACAGGUGCCAGCGGUGCUGGGGGAAGACGUGCGGGUGAUCUGCCUGGCGUCACCCAGGGCGUUGAUGCUGGGCAACAUGGGCACUGUCACGGGGUACGGCCUCAACGCCCAUGGCACCGGUGAGAUGCAAGACACUCUGCGGUCCGUGGAGCUGCUGCUGGUGGACAAAGAUCUCUGUCGUCUCCUCUACUCCGGCGUGAGCAACGCGGUGGUCGGAGAGGCCAUGUUUUGCGCCUAUGCCGACGGCAAAGACGCGUGCCAAGGCGACAGCGGCGGGCCGUUCGUGCGUGAGUUGAGCCCGGACCGGUUCGUGCAGACCGGCGUGGUGAGCUACGGUCUCGGAUGCGCCAGACCGGACACGCCCGGCGUCUAUACUAACGUGAGCAGCUACAUCGCCUGGCUACGUGACAACACUGCGCGAGCACCGCUCUGUGUCUGCUGAGCGACUGUUCCGUUGUUGGGGUCUAUUCAAUAAAUAAGCAAACAAAUUCUGG